AGUCAAUUGGGUCAGUUAUAUGAGCUGACGUACAGGCGAGAUUUACAUCCAGGCUGAACCCGUAAGUUGUACAGAAAGAAUAUUUUGCUGACAUGGAAUCCGAAUGGGACGAAACUCUUCUGUACCAAACGAGAGAGGAACGUGAAUUACAGUUCUCUCCAUCAAAAUGGUUUACAAGGAUAAGUCCAGCAGCAGCGCUCGUAGAGAACCAUAUUGGUAUCCUAACAAAAGGAAGUGAAGAAGCCAGACAAACUCUGGACUGUGAGCUAGACAUGGCAUACGGCAAUAAACCUCUCGAGAAAAUAGACAUCUUCGGUGGGCAAACCUUACCAGCAGAUGCGCCUGUCUUUUGUUACAUACAUGGAGGAGACUGGGCCAUGCUCGGGAGAGAGUCUUCAAGUUUUAUGGCUCCUUACUUGGUAGAGAGUGGAAUCGUAGUGAUCCCAAUCGGAUAUCAAAAGGCACCGGAAGUGGACAUGCCGGAAAUUGUAACAGAAAUCAAGAAAGCUGUGUCAUUCAUUUUAAAGUGGGCCAAAAACCGUGGAACACGAUCUGUAUAUAUAGGAGGUCACUGUGCCGGUGGACAUCUUGCUGCUAUGAUGCUGGGGAUUGACUGGACAAAAGAAUGUGAUAUAUCCAAUGAUUUACUUAAAGGUGGGAUUCUGAUAUCGGGGAUAUUUGACGUUCGUCCGUUAGUUGACACUUAUAUCGGUGAUCCGCUCAACCUGACACGCGAGGUUGCGUGGGAGUGCAGUCCUUGCAAACACGUGGACACCAUAGCUUCUCUAAGUAGAAAUAGGACCUUAAUUAUUGUGAUGGGAGGGAAGGACACACCUACCUUCAGACAACAAAGUAGUCAGUUCGCGGAGGCAAUGAGGAAAAGGAAGGUGUCAGUAAUUGUGAAGGACUUUGAGGAGUACGACCACUUCCAAAUCAGCGAAAAAUCUUGGUUUGAAUAUAAGGAAAUCACCAAUGUAAUGAUGGCAUAAAAGGGAAACCAUGUUAACUUAAACCAUUGGCAAACGUUGACAGAACAUUUAUAUUCAAGUAGCGUGGAGAAGGUGAUUCACUCCAUUGCAAAACAAAAUUUAAAAAAGCUGUUCCUUCAUUACAUUGAACAUGCUUUUUUUGCUUGACAAAAUGUUUGUGGUAUUCAACAUGAAUAUAGAAUGUGUAGCUAGAACAUGUAUUGUUUAUAUAUGUAUUUAUCAUGACUGUUGCAAUACUUAAAAGAGAGGUUGCCAUCUAGGUGAUUCUUAUAUUAUUUUGAUAAAGUAACAGGUAAAACCCUAAUAAACAGCAUACAGUAGCUUCAUAUAAAUAAUCAUAUUAGAAAUAUGCAAGUCCCGAUUCAAUUCUGUAAUUCUACCUCAUAUAUUGUUAUUAUAUGUGUAGUUUUAGCUCUUUAUCUCUUUGCAUAUUGCAAAUAAAUAUCAUGAACUU